UUUACGCUCAUAUAAUAGCCAACAGCUAAACAAACUUAUUAGAGUUUAUAUGAAAAGAAUUUUGGCAAAUGGGAGACAGAUUGAUCGGAAGUGUAACAUGGAAGAUGGGUGCGUCUUAGAACAACCAAAUGAUAAGAACCGACUAAAUUUUGGGCAAAUUUUUUCCUUGAAUUCAAUACGCCGUGUACGAGUCAAUUAUGAUAUCUUGUAGUUACAACUUGUUCAAUUAGAUAAAACAAUAUAAAUGAUGUUAUUUAUAUGAAAAUGUUGGAUGGUGAAAAUUUUUGUAUAAAAACUUGCUGCUUUUUCGAAAUUAUGUGGAGUACAACAUUGGCGUCAAGUGGAGACUAUAGAAAUAGAAUUGUGAUAGUCGAAUAAGAAGCAACAUACAAUGAAAGUUUCUCUACUGGCUGUAGUUAUACUAGCUACAGUGGUGAACUGUUACGCGGCGGAUCCUGAUUGUGUCUAUCGUAAAAUACGUGGCCUACCCAUACACUGGGCCAAUCCUACCGACUGUGGCCGUUUCUAUCGUUGUACGAAUAAGAAUGUUAAGAGAGAAAUAAUUUGUCCUGACGAUAAGGAAUAUAAUCCUAAAGCUGGCAGAUGUGGACCAGCUGGACGUGGUUUUUGUAAAUUGAGUUUGACAGCGCCUUUAGCAGAUGUUAAUGUUUGUAAUGAACAAAUUUCCGGCUCCUUUGUAGCUGAAAGUGGUUAUUGCCGUAACUUCUAUAUUUGCAGCGAGAAUGUGGCUUAUCCACAAUACUGUUCAGAUGGUAGUUAUUUUACCGAUGGAAAUUGUCAACCAGACACUGACAGCACAUGCUGGCAAAACUUCUGUAUUAAUGAAGCCGAUAAUACAUGGCUGAGUGAUCCAACUUCUUGUCAAACAUUCUAUAUAUGCGCAAAUCAACAAGCAACUAAGCAAAGCUGUAGUGCUGGCUCCUACUUUGUUCUCGGAGACAACACUUGUCUACCAGAUGUAGGUAACACAAAUUGUUGGGAAAAUUAUUGUAUAUCAAAGGAGGAUAAUACUGUGAUAGCCGAUGUGAAUGAUUGUAGUACUUACUACGUAUGUGUUAACCAGCAGACUGAGCAAAGAAGCUGCUUAAGUGGUUGGUAUUUUGAAUCAACAUUGGGUAUUUGUCAGGAAGAUCCAGAGAAUUCAAAAUGUUGGGUAAAUUAUUGUAUAUCAAAGGAGGAUAAUACUGUGAUAGCAAAUGAAAAUGAUUGCACUUCUUACUAUGUGUGCCUAAAUCAACAAACUGAACAACGAAAUUGUCUAAGUGGUUGGUACUUUGAUAAAACUUUGAAAAUAUGUCAACAAGGCGAAUGCCCAACACCAACAGAACCUUGCACUUGUCCAGGUGGCUAUACAGAAGGAGAGUUUGUACCACAUCCUGAUGAUUGUUCACUAUUCUACAUAUGCUCGAAUAAGCAAUUAAUUGAAACAAGUUGUCAACAAGGAAACUAUUUCGACGUCGACCUUAAGUACUGUGUACGUGACACCGACAAUGUCUGCCCACAGUGUCAAGCUGAAACACGUUCAAAACGUAGUAUAGUUAAUGAAAUUGAUGAGACAGAGAAUAUUGAUGAAUCAAAUAUAAUUGAAGAACAACCAGAAACUGAGAUCGAAAUAAAAACCAUUGAAGAAAAUGUUGAUGAUUUUAAAAUGCAAGCAAGAGAUGCUGACUGUACUUGCCCGGGAGGUUACGAAGAGGGUGAUUUUUUGCCACAUCCAAGUAACUGCUCACUUUUUUAUAUCUGUUAUGAUGGUCAAUUGAUGGAGAGCAAUUGCGGUAAGGGUAACUAUUUUAAUAGCUCUUGCCUUCGCUGUGAACCUGAUACAGAUAAUACUUGCUGGCCAUCCAGUUGCAGCGGUGGCGGUAGUACGGAAACUAAUUUAUGCCAAUAUCAGGCGAAUGGUGUUUUAGUAGCUAAUCCAACAGAUUGUAAUGCAUUCUAUAGUUGCUUAAAUGGGCAACAAGUCGCUAAAGUUUGUGGUACAGGCGAAUGGUUCAAUCCGCAAACUAGUGCUUGUGAACCUGACACAAAUGCCUCAUGCAUCAACCCAUGUGCUAGUACCACGGGCAUUGUGUUUUUGCCACACCCGGACUGCACAAAAUUCUAUUUAUGUAAUAACGGUCAAGCUACUGUAGAAACUUGUACAAGCGGUGGUUUCGAUAUAACUUUGGGCAGAUGUAGUGCAGAUGCUCUUUGUGAAGCAACUAUGUGUGCAAACCAGCCUGCAGGUACAACUUUUGAGUAUCCUGAGGAUGAUACUAAAUUUUACCUCUGCGUGAAUGGAGUUGCAUAUGUAAAAGACUGCAUAACUGGCACUUAUAAUUCAGCUAUUGGUGUAUGUUUGGAACAGCCAAGUACCGAUUGUGAUCAAACUCAGUGUGCUUCUGCAAGCAAUUAUGCACCUUUUACAACAAUAAGCAAAGAUAAUGCUUACUUUUGUAUCUGUAGAGACGGACAAGCUUAUAAGGAUGCUUGCCCUACUGACACUGAAUUUAAUGAAAAUAUUGGAGUGUGUUAUUCUAAUGCUCCUUGUGAUCCUGAAAUAUGUACAGAUAGCGCAGAGUAUACUGUUGCACCAAAUAGGAAUGAUACACAAAGUUUCUGCUUAUGUGUGGCCGAAAGUCCAGUUAUUGUUGAUUGUCCAAAUAAUUUGACCUUUAGUGCAUUAACUUUAGUGUGUGAAUCGCCUCCAGUGUCGGAUUCAAGAUGUAGUGAGACAUUCUGUGCCAAUCAAAUUGAUUAUACCGUUUUCGCAGCAAUCAGCACUAAAGAAGGUUUCUGUAUGUGCGUGAGUCAUAUUGCUGUAUUCCGUGACUGUGAUCCUGGUACAGAAUUCAACUCAAUCUUUGGCGCUUGUUUAGAACCUCAGCCAACGUGCGAUGUUGCUAACUGUGAAACAAAUGCAGGACUCACUUUCCCAGCUUAUAAUGAUCCCUACUCAUUCUGCUAUUGUAAGGAUGAGGAAACUGUUGUAAAUAUAAACUGUCCAGAUGGAGAAAUCUAUGAUUCGAUUCUUCUCGUAUGUUUACCGGAAUAUUGUGAUUCUACACAAUGUCCAGGUGCUGGUUUGACACCGUUCCCGGCAAAUAAUUAUACUAACGGCUUCUGUUUGUGUAACGGUAAUACAGCAGAAUUACAUGUUUGUCCUAAUGACGGUGAAAUAUUCGAUGUAGAAUACUUGGCUUGUUUGUCAGAAUCUGACCUUUUAUGUAACAUCGCACUAUGUGCAGACGCUAGCUCAUCUAACACAUACCCUAUUCCAGCUAUAAAUGAUACAAGCAGUUUCUGUUACUGCUUCGGACCUGACUUAGUACAAGUCUUCAGUUGUCCUGAUAAUACUACAUAUAAUGUUGAGAAAGGCAUAUGUAUUGGUUCAAGUACAAAUCCCGAUGACGGUUGUACUUGCCCAGGUGGCUACAGUGAAGGAGAUUUCUUGCCACAUCCAACAGAUUGCAAUAAAUUUUACAUUUGUUCGGAUGGAGUAUUACACGUAUCCAGCUGUGGUGCUGGCAAUUACUAUAAUAUUAAUCAACAAGCCUGCAUGUUAGAUUCUCAAAAUCUUUGCUCUGACACAUCCUGCACUUGUGUAGGUACUUAUCGUGAGAAUGAACUUAUUGCAUACCCACAAAACAGCCAAAUGUACUACAGAUGUCUUAACUCACAAUUGCAAAUCGAAACGUGUGCUACGGGUUAUACGUUCAGUGCUCUACAAUUACAAUGCACCACUGCAACAACUUACAAUAGUAAAAAAGUAAGACCGUUCUCGAAACGAUCUAUCGAUGUGGAUGAUUUCUUCUGCAUUGAAAAUGAAAAACGAUCUGUACCAUCCAACUGCUCCCAAUAUGAAGUAUGCGUUGAGAAUAAAUGGCGUAAACGUACUUGCACAGAUUUGCGCUAUUACAAUCCAGAGCAACAGAAAUGUCUAGAACCCCGUGAUGAUACUGUUUGUAACUAUGCAAAAGUAAGUGGUUUACCAGAUUGCAAUAAUCAAACGGAACAUUUAACAUUACCAAGCAGAAAUGGAAAUUGUGCUCAAUAUUUUCGUUGCACGCAUGGCAAGUGGCGUUUACGAACCUGCACAAAGCCUCAAUUAUACUCACGUAACUUACAGACAUGCGUCACAACAAACAACGAAAAAAUCUGCCAAUCAGAUGAGAAAACUUCCUUGGAAUUUAAACAGACUCUUACGGAAAUUAAGAAAGAAUGCCGACAUACUGCGGUGCGUUAUUUUGCUGGAAACUGCGCUAUGUAUCUUAUGUGUUUGGAAAAUGAAUGGUGGUAUCAGUAUUGUCCAUUUGGCAUGUACUUUAACCUUACUUUUAGUUACUGCAUGCCAAAUAAUGCCGCACAAUGUAGUGAUGCACAAUCUAGCAGUGGUGUAAUAGCCGGUAACAUUAAUAGACCGGAGAUCAUUAAUGAAUAUGCCAAUCAAAGCUGUAGUCACGAAGGAUUGCUACGUGCAUCUGCACAACUGUGUGACAAAUAUUACGUUUGUAUCGCCGGCAAAUGGCAUCCACAAAACUGCAACACAGGAAAUUAUUACAAUGUUACAAUGGAAAAAUGUAUACCCGAUAGAGAAGGAGUCUGUGCGGAAUUGUCAGCUAUUUGUCUUGAUGGUGAAAAACGCACUUUUCCACUAAAUUGUACCGCUUACGAGGUGUGUCAAGCUGGAAACUGGCAGCGUGCAAGUUGUUCGCCAAUGUGGUCAUUUGAUGAUGUGCUUGGAGAAUGUAUACCAAAUGACGGUAGAUGUGCAGGCAAUGGCUUACGUAGAGCUUGUCAUCAUAAUGAAUUGCAACAACAUCCACUUUCAGAGAAUUGUACGCAAUUCUAUUACUGUUUGACUGAUAGCUGGCAAAUAGGUACUUGCUUGAAGGGCUACACCUUCACAAAAGAUUAUGGUACUUGUGUUCCACAUACUGCAGAGAAUAAAUGUAAUCCAAUCGUUGAUUUUGAAAACCAUUUUAUUGGAGUAGACGUAUUUCACGCACCUGUGAAUUUAAGUCCUGAGAACAAUGCUUGUUUGGGUCAAGAGGAUGGUUCUCUGGCUCCACAUGCCACUGACUGUAAUCAUUUUUAUUUGUGCUUAAAUGAAAUCGUAAUUAGUGAACAGAUCUGUUCAACAGGCAGUUUCUUCGAUGCCGAUUUAGCUUAUUGUCGACCCAAUGAUGGAAGUUGCAGAAUACCAUUGACGGGUGCGUGUGAAAAUGCUACCGAUAAUUCAUUUGUUGCAAAUCCGUUGGAUUGUCGCGCCUAUUAUCACUGUUCUACAAUAAAUGGCACACAGUUACUCUACUGUCCCGAAGGUGAAUAUUAUCACAACUACACACGUCAAUGCCGUGUAGAUGUUGGUCAAUGUCAAAAGCCUAUACAGCAAAAUAAGUGCGCCAAUGCUACACAUGGCACCCGUUUGGAACAUGAAACCUAUUGCAAUAUAUAUUAUGCGUGCGUACGUGGACUUGCUAUACCUGUCGAAUGUCCAGAUAAUUAUAUAUUUAACUCAGUAUUAGCACAAUGCAUUUAUGAUGAGAUACAAGAAUGCCAGAAUGGCGAGCUUGUGAAUGGAAAUGGUACGGCACAUAGCUGUGCAAACUUUACCGAUGGCAGCUUUUUACCCGAUCAUACAGACUGCACUCGUUACUAUAUAUGCUCAGCAGGAGUUGCAUUGCCACAACGUUGCACUUCUGGUGCAUAUUUCGAUUCGACACAAUUACUAUGCGUACCCGAUGAUGGUUCUUGUCCAUUUGUUGAUGACGAUGAACCUAAUAAUCAUCCCGUACCACCUGAUCCUACCGUUUGCGAGGGUAAACAUGGUACGUUACUACCAGAUCCACUUAACUGUAAUGAAUUCUAUGUAUGUGUCAAUGGCAAGUUAAAACAUGAACGUUGUUAUGAGGAUUAUUUCUUCAACACAACAAUAUCACAAUGUCAAGCUUAUAUUAGAGAAGAUACUGCUGUGAAUGAAGCAGCCACUUCCAGAGAGCAAGAAAAUAUUCCGAUAAAAGCACAACAGCAAUGUAGUGAUAAACCUACAGAUUUUUCGGAUUUAUGUUCAGAAAAUGCUGUUGGUACGUCGAUAGCAGAGCAAGGAGACUGUCGCCGUUAUAUAAGCUGUGAAGAUAAUGUGCCCACAUCUCAGCGUUGUCGUAAUGGUGAGAGCUAUGAUAGUUUACUAGGUCUUUGUCGCCAAAAUGAUGGUACCUGCAUGCUUGAAAAUGGUCAACGUUUUGGCGUAUGUAAUGGUAAGCACGGUCAAUUAACUCGAGAUACGGAUAGUUGUCGUGGAUACUUUGUGUGCAUAAAUGGACAAAAAAUUCCCGGUGAAUGUGGAGAGGAAGAAUAUUUCAAUAAAACAACAAAUACUUGUUUGAAAGAUACGCUAAAACAGUGCAGUUCCACACCAACUACUUCUGAGGAAACUCCAAGUGUGAGCUGUAUUGGACUAAGUGAAUCCGUACUUUAUCCAUACAUACACGACAAUUGUCGUUCAUAUUUUCAAUGCGUAAGAGGAACACCAAAAAUACAUGAAUGCGCUGAUGGGCUUUUUUAUAACGCAACAACCACCCGUUGUGUGAAGGAGAUUGCGAAAUGUGUAAUGCCACCACAAAGUCUGCAACGUGCACCCAUAGACUAUAGUGGUACACCGUCAAAGAAAAAGAUCUGUGAACAAUCAGCCUUGGAUUUUCCAUAUGCAAAUAAAGACGAUCACUGUCGUUCGUUUUAUAUAUGUCGUGCUGAUCAUACUAUAGCUUACACUGACUGUCCCGAAGGAACGCUUUUUAAUAAUGAAAAAGGGUUAUGUAUGGGUGAAGAAUAUACGAUUUGCAUGUCUGAUUGAAAUACUAAUUGAAUUAAUAGUUAUUAAGUAUGGUGAAGGUGUUUUAAAUUUAUAUAAAUUAAAGGUUUAAAUUUUAGUUUGGU